CGCUGCUGCGUAAAUCAUGUCAACAACAUGGUAACGAUGCUAUAACUUGCUGAAUUUAUAUAAUAAUACUUAUUUUGCUGUCACUUCCAACCUUAAAAAAGAUUAUGUCAGCCCGAGAAAUAAUUACUCUACAGAUUGGCCAGUAUUCAAAUUAUAUUGGAACCCACUGGUGGAAUUUACAGGUAACUUAAGAACUCAAUUAACUUUUACAACCGAAUUUGAAUUAGUAAUUCAAUCUAGGCAGUCUAGACCUAGGCCCUCUAGGACUAGUCUAUGAUACUAUGACUAUAAGUAGUGUUUCAAACUCAAAUUGACUGUUACUUUAUUAAAUUUUAACCGUCGGUCACUUUUUACUUAUCAUUGUUAAAAAUUUAACUCUUUAAAAAAAAACAGCUGAAGAAAUUUUAAAAUUUUUUAAAGAAAGUUACAUCAAUUAAAAUGGCAUUAUUUGAAAUAUAGGCGUGGGACUGAGUCUGGGUUCCAGCUUGUGCAAUAGCUGGAGCUCAUAUGAGAGUAUAGGAUUUUAGCCAGGAUAAAGGCUAUAUAUAGCAUGACUUGACAGUGCAUUUCUGCAUUGUGGAUUUACAGAGAAGCUUUGGCUUUGGCCAUCGGCAUCAAAAUAUGUUGGCUCUCGCUGCAAGUAUCCAAGAGUAUGUAUAAUUUAUAAACUUUAUAAGAUCUGUCUCAUCCAAUGAAUUAAAACAAUAUUGAUUCUAUGAUAGUUUCUUUUGAUACAACACCCAAAAGCAACUUCAACAGAAUACCACUGAUAAAUUUUUCGGUGUAUUGUCAGAGAUAAGCAGUUUUAAUUAGAACAGGGUUAUCAUUUUUUUUUCUUAACAUAAAAUUUUAGUUAACAAAGAAAUCAUCAUACUUUUCUUCAGUAAAUUAUUUACCAGAUUUUAGUUGAAUUUAUCUACAAUUUUUGAAAGAGUAAAUGGUUCUUUAUUAUCAUAUAUAUGAAAACUGUUUGGAAAUACAAAUCUAUUUGUUUAGUCCUACCAAUAUGUUCGUAUGAACGAUACAAAUUUUAGUGAGACACAAAGCAUAAGUAUAAAGAUAAGCCUGGCCGCUGAAAAAAAAGUUUUCGCAACACUGUUAGUAAACAUUUAGAAUACAGGCCUAUUUCAAUGAUGGAUCAGUCCAUUUAAUAUAUUUUUCUUCUACUAUUUUGAAACUUAAAAUAUUAUGUUAUCUCUCCUGUUUUUAAUUUUUAGGAAUCAACUUUUGUCUAUGAUUCAAAACUUCUUGAGGAACACCCUAAAGAGGUUAAUCAUGAUGUUCUUUACAGAGAAGGAAAAACUUUAAAGGUAAAGUUUUCCACAGAAAGACAUAUUAACAAUGUAAUAUAUAACAAGUGACACAUUAGAAAAGAUUAAUUUAAUACAAAUAUUCAAGGUUCCAUUAAAACAUUUAAAGAUUUACCUCGUGGAAAGAUUUUAAAAACUGCUUGCUGAUGAUUUAACCAUCAAAAAGGCUGAUUACAUUCUGAUUAAUCAGUGCAAUCUAAUGUCAAAUUCUUCUAUUUUUUGGUAAUCUUAGCUUAAACAUAUGGUUUAAUUUCUUAAAACAUUUCACAGUUGGACAUGAGCUGCAUGCUAUUCUUGAUAUUCUACAAUUUAAAAAAAAAAAGUAAUAUUAAUUAACAGAAAAAAAGGAUGUUCUUUCAAUGUUUGACCCUUUUUAUUGUUCAUUCUGUCAUACCGUAGAACAAGCUGCCAGACAACAUGUUUAAUGAGUAAACUAUGAAACUGACAGCUGUUUCAUAUGUUUUAUCACAUCUAAACAUCAAAAUGCACAAAAUAGGACUUAAGCUUUUAUAACUGGUAUUGUGGUGUAUUGAAAUCAUUUUUUCAUUUAAAAUUAGGGUGAUGUGACAUACACACCUCGUCUUGUUCUGUUUGACCUAAAUAACAGUCUGGGAACUCUUAAGAAAGAUGGCACACUUUAUGAUUUUGGAGCUGAAGAGAACAUAAAUUGGUACUUACUGAUUCUAAACAGCAGUUUUCUUUUGAAAUUGUAGAUUAGACUUAGACUACAUUUAUUUAAAUUUAGAAUUCCAGAAACGCAUAAUUUCCAUAAUGUUAUUUUAUUAUCUGGUACCGGGUAAAUUUAUAGAUUAUUCAAUUAAAUUUUAUCUUAAAUCUACUGUUACUUAACAAAUCUAGAAGUGUAUGCAAAAAUCAAUUCAGUUUGUUGUUAAUUUUUAAAUUUCAGGCUUGGUGAUGUCACUCUACAUCAAGCACCUGGCAUUAAUAAAAAUAAGUUUCUUAAAGAUCUUGAUGAGGUAUUUUAUUUAAGAUUUUCAAAAAAAUUCUAAGUUUAUUGUAUUCAACAGUCCAUGUUAUUUAUUUUUAGCAUAAUGUCAAAUUGGUUCAGUUCAAGUAAUGCUACAAUAUAAACAUAUUUUUUCUUAAAUUUCUUAAAAUAAAGUUUAAAUGGCAUACAUAAUUUAGUGCUAUUUUUGGGAAAAUAGAUGCUAAAGCAAAUAGAAUAUCAUUUUUGUAACAUAAUUCAUUGGAUUUUUAUGAUAAAAAAAUAUUUGUCAAAUCUGAAAAUCAAUAAUCUAUUCCAGGAAGGUUCUGGAUAUACAAUAAGUAUUUUACAAUUCUACGUAAAUUCAAUUAUUUUAAACCAGACCCUUGAGACUUAAAAAUAAUAUAAUUUUUUUUAAACCUUCUGGGUUCAAAGGGAAAAGAAUUAUUAGUAGUUCUUUUCUUGGUUAAGUGAAAAUGCAAAUAUUCAUUUUGGUGCCUCUAAAGAGUAGGGGGACUAAUUUUAAGAAAAAAAUAUCAGUAAAUUUUGUCCUUAUGAGACUUUUGAUGCUUAAUGUGGCCUUAGAUUAGUGUGAAUGCACUUUUUAUAAUUUUAUUUUGUAGGAAUUUGAGAACUAUAGAGGUGAGGAUGGAUACAAACUAAGAAAAGGUGAUGAUGAUGAAACAGAUGAAAUAGGUAAAUUUACACUUCCAAAUAUUUAACUUAUGUUCCUGAGUUGUUUUUUUUCCUCUAGAAAAUGAAGUUCCUUUUUAGGUUUUGUUUUUCCAGAUAAGUUGUAGCAUUAACAGUAAGGUAACAACAGUCCGAAGGUUUGCAAGCUCUUAUUAGUAAAUUUAAGACUUUGAAUUAAGUUGAUCAGUUUGCUAUUGAACAUAAUAAAAGGUCCCUGUUACAUGGUCUCAUGAACAAAAAGUGCUUGGAAAAUGAACAACCAUUCCACUAGAUGUUGUAGCUCCAUGAGCCACCAUGCACAGUAACUUUAUGAAGUGGAUGGUCCUCACAUUGCUGUUUGCAAUCAUUGUAAAAAAAAAAAAUAGAAGAGAAAAAUCUGAACUGCUCAGUUUCAAUUCUGUAUCUGAUUAUCUGAGGCAAUAUUGAUAACGUCAGAUAAGACGUGAAAUUAGUCUGGCUUUUUUUUUUUUCCAAAGUACAUUCAAUUUCUUACAUAGAGUUUCAGCAUACACUUGAUUCACUCACAAUUUUUUUAAUACCGGUACAUUGUACAUUAAGAAUGAAAAAUUAGUAUAUUUUUAAAAAAAAAAAAAUAGAAAAGAAAAAGCUGAACUGCUCAGUUUCAAUUAUGUAUCUGAUUAUCUGAGGCAAUAUUGAUAACGUCAGAUAAGACGUGAAAUUAGUCUGGCUUUUUUUUUUUUCCAAAGUACAUUCAAUGUCUUACAUAGAGUUUCAGCAUACACUUGAUUCACUCACAAUUUUUUUAAUACCGGUACAUUGUACAUUGAGAAUGAAAAAUUAGUAUAUUUUUGUGAGCGCAGUACAACAUUUUAAAAGGAUCAAUUGGGCUUAAGUUAAUAACAUUUUAAAAUUGUUACAAUUUUAAUAGGAAAUUAUUUUUUUUCUUCCUUAAUUUAGAGACCAGACAAGAAUGCUCAGCUGUGAAAGUAGAAGAUCCAGUGUUUGGAAAGAAGUACUACAAUCUUGAUAAUGAUGUACAUGUAUGGUCUGAUUACAUGCAUACAGCUCUACAUCCCCGUUCUAUUUUUCUUUUGAAAGAUCAUCAACACAAUAAGUAUGUGUAAUUUUAAAUUCUAGGAUACAUGCUUUGACUUUUAUUACAUAAAGAUAUAAUGGACAUAAUAUAUAUAUUAUACAAAUAUAUAUGUAUAACUUAACUUAUUGUUGGUGUAAUUUCCAUACAAUACCAGUAAUUUAAAAAAAAAAACUAUUAAAAGACCACAAAUAUCCUCUUCCAGCCCAGAAACACCAUUUAACAUUUUUGGUCUGGGCCAGCAAGUAAGUCGAGACAGAGAACAGUGGGAUGAAAUUGAGGACAGAGUCCGCUAUUUCACAGAAGAAUGUGAUCAGUUGCAGGUAGUGAAUUCCUUUUUUAUGUAUCUCCUAUCCUUAAAAUCAGGGGUGUCAAACUCAAUUGCUCAGCGGGCCAAAACUCAAAUUACAUGUAAGGUUGCGGGCCGAACAGGAUAAACAUUCAAGAAGCGGAAAAUUAAUAUUUAAAAAAAAACAUUAUAUAAAUGAAAACAGAAAAAAGUUUUAAUAAUUAAAAAUCAUUGGCAUACUUGGUACACAUUUUCUUGGCUACAAAAACGAGGAAGCUCGUUCAUGUUGGGAGUAACGUUCUGUGUCAUUGAGAUUCUCAUGAUGGACUGCAAGUGUUGAUCAGUGAGACGACUCCUGUAUGAUAUUUUGUUAUUCUUCAUCACGGAAAACAACUGCUCACACAUAUAUGUGCUACCCAACAUGCUCAAAGUUUGAGCCGCACGUAGACGAAGCUGGGGCAUCUCUUCAGGAAUGAAAUGAGUGAACUGUGCAGGCCCCACUGUGUCAUACUUUGCCUUUAGUGUACCAUUACACAGCAGCUCUGUUUAGCUCCAUCUAAAAAUUUACAGGUGCAGUUUCCACUUCUAUGACAAAUGGGUUACGAAACAGCUCAAAAUUACAUUUCUGUGCUUCAAAGUCACUAAAGCGCCAUGCGAACUCGGUGCGAGGUAAGCUAAGUUUUUAAUCAAAGUGUGCAUUGGAAACACCAUGGCGUUGACUUGGAUAUAAUUGUACGCCAUUCAAGACCGCGCGGGCCUGAUAUAAUUGUACGGCGGGCCGGAUGUGGCCCGCGGGCCUUGAGUUUGACACAUGUGCCUUAAAUAAAAUAUCUUAAUACAUGCUAACUCUGUCUUUUACUCAACAAUAAAAUACAGCUAACACAUGAUAUGUGAACUGAACAUUGUUUGUCAAUAAUCAAUCAGUAGUUAUGAGAAAUUUUUUUUUAACAAUCAAAGAAAGAAUUAUAAUUACUGGAAAAAUAAAUUGCUCAGUGUGAUUGGUGUCAAGGACACUAUAAAAGUUUGUAACGCCUAAGUGGGUGGAUGCCAUUGUAACAUCUGUGUAUAGUUUUAGAUACUAAGGAUACUGAAAAAGUUCACUGGUAUUGGUAUAAGAUAACUGUUUGUUCAAUUGUUGGCAGUACUAUUUGAUUACAAAUGACUAAAAUGAGAUUUAUUAAUUGACUUUAUUUGUCCUGUUUUUUUAAUUAGGGUUUUCACAUUCUGCUUGAUAGUCACAAUGCAUUUGGAGGUUUGGCCUCAUCAAUAUUAUCAUAUUUAUCUGACGAAUAUUCAAGCAAAUCAAGGCUGAGCUUUGCAGUGACUCCAGCACAACCACCAGACAAGGUAUUCAUUUAUAAAUAUAUUUGUAUUUUGGAAUUUUAAAGCAAAUCAAUUUAUAGUGACUCCAGAUAUAUACCGGUACCGUUAAUUCCCUUUAAAUAUAUUUGAAAAGUAAUUUGGCGAUUCAAGUUUUUGGGACAACUUACUUUCUGUUAACAAUUUGUAGCAGCUUGUCUUGUGGAAUAAGUAUAAAAUGAUAGCAAUGGAAUUUGAAUAGAUGUGCACUCUUAUUUUCAGAAUGCAGCAGAGAGAUCUGCUAGACUUUUGAACAGUGCACUUAGUCUUUGUGAUUGCUCUGAGUCUAGCUCAUUGUACAUUCCACUUUCACUGGCUUCAACACUCUGGAAAGCUGUUGGCGCACCCUGUAAAUUUCCACAUCUGCAGUAUAAAGUAAGAUGCUUAUCUUUUGAGCUGAGCUUGUUUUACAAAUUUUCUCAGAAAACUAGAGCCAGUUAUUGAUGAUUUAAUUAAUGAUAAUGUUUCGUAUUUCCAUUGAAAAUGAGGAAAUACAAUUAUGUUAGCUCAAGAACAGAAAAAUAAGUAAUGACCAAUUUUAAGAAGCACAAUGCUUUUUAACAGCGUCUGUAUUUUAACAAUUUAAACUUAACCAUUUAAUAUUGUUUUUUUUUUUUAAAGUACCAUUAGUCAAACUUCUUAAGGCCUUUAAUUUUAAAUGCUGAAGACCGUUAGCUAAUGAAGUUUUCAGUACUAACACUCAGAUGAUUUAUUGUCAUUUUGAAGUAAGACAUACCACAGAGCUCUUAAUGGUAAAUAAGAAACAAAAUGUUCAUUCUUCUGCAACAUAUAUUGCUUGACUCAAUUGUAACAAAGUGCUUUAUUUUCAUAUUUUUCUGUGUAACAAAUUUAAUGAUAAAAAUUAAAUGUUUUUUUGAGUCUUUGUUUUUAAAGAUUAUAUAUUUUUUAUUAUUAAGAUUGUUUUCUUCCAACAGGCUCAUUUAGAUUACCAUACAAGUGCCAUUUUAGCUGCAAGUUUAGACACAACCACAAUGCCGUAUAGAAAAGAAAAAGAACCUGGGCGCAUCAGUGAUCUGACAUCUUCAUUUAGCAUGAUUGGUAGAAAAGUAAUUACAAAUUAUUUAAAAUAAAGGCAGCACAUUAUUAUUAUAUUUGAGACUUUUUUAAAAUCAUCUUUGUCUUAAAUUGUGGUUCUACAUAUACUAUAUUUGAGAUUUAUAAAUGAUUUUUUAAGUUUUUGGGUAUUUCAUAAAUUUCAUGUUGAAUGGUUUUAUUGAAAAUGAUGUACAUUUUUAUAUAAUUAAAAAAAAAAACUGAUAUUAUUUAAAAGAAAUUACAUUAAGAUUCAUUUAAAAAAAAUACUUUUUACUCUCACGUGUUAAUUUUUUUUUUAAGGUGUCUGCACUUUAUACCAGCCUUCCAUAUCACAUUCAAACUGGAAGUUCUUUUGCUGAAUCUCUUAUUGAACAUAAAGGUAGCCAGCCAUGGUGUUCUGUAACCCCACAUGUGAAGAAUUCAUCAAACCCUUGGUUUCAGUCUUGUGUUGUUCGUGGAAUUUCCCCUCGAAUGCAGAAGAGGUAUGCUGGAAAAAAACAUCAGAUCCUUCCUUAUUUCUCUAUCCAUUUUGUUGCAUAGAGUCAUAGAGUAUUUAGAGUAUUUUAGUUCAUUUUCUCUAAAAAACUGAAUUUUAACUUUUACUAUAGCUAUGCAUGUAAUCUAGUUUGAUGAUACGAUAGCUACAACUUGCUUUCAUUCUCAUGCAAAAAUAACAAAAUGAAUUACAUAGCACUUUUUUUUACAGUGAAUCCCAGCACCGUGGAUCAGCCUUGCAUUUUUCCCCUAGCACAAGUGUUCAUGAUAUUAUUAAGCAGUACCUCUCAGAGAUGUAUCCAGAUACUCAAAAGUAAAUAAUAUUUAUUUUUAUUUAAGUAUUAUGUAGUACUGUGUAACGGGGUGGCAUUGCUUAUAUUUUGCCUUUAUGAAUAAUUUUCACAUUAACUUAUCUAAAAACUAACACAAAAAUGCUAAUGCACAGAGUGAAUACCUGCAUAUUGUUGUUAUAGUUCAAUUAAGUCAUAGUUUUAUCAGGUUAAUUUGAUAAUUAAGGUUUUUAGAGAUUUUUCAAUCCAUGGAAAAAUGGGUUGACUUUGGACUUUUAAAUUAAAAGACAGCACAAUGCAUGUAGAAAUUAUAAAUACAAACAAAUAAGGUCAUUCUCUUUUCUAUAUUUACAAUUGAUCAUAAUAUUGUAUUGUAAUGAAAGGUAGGGUUAAAAUAAUAACACCAGUUCACUUCAAAAAUGAUUCUAGGUGAUCUUUUUUCUUUUGAGGCAAACCAUCAUAAGUUUUUUCAUUUAAAUUAUGAAUUUGUCAUAGUAGACUUUUCUUUCGAGGUAAACUUUCAUUAAAAUCAUAGGUUUUGUCAUUUAAAUUAUGAAUUUGUCAUAGUAGACUAACUGUAAUGUCUUUCCAAUUACCUCAGCUUAUUAUAUCUUUGGUAAACAACAUCCUGAUCUCAUUUUACAAAAUCCAUUCACCCAGUCAUCUCAGGGUUUUUUAUCCUAGAAUCGUUUCACCACAAUUUCACCUUCGUCACCAUUGGUCAAUAAUAAAAAAAAUUUAGGCCCAAUGUCAAUUUUUUCUAGUUGAGGUAUUCCUAAAUCGAAUCAUGUUUGUUGGUGCUUUACUAAGUUUACUGUAAUGCUCCAGACAGAGAGAUUGUCCUCCAGUUGUUUUCUUGUGGCUACAUUAACAUUUACUAAGUUCCAAGAGUUCUCAAAUCAGUGGUGUCUUUCACUUUUAGAUGACUUCUAUAGGCCUAGUGGUAGAUUAACUCUAACAAUUCAUCAUUAUCAUUAAGCUUAGUGUCUUCAGGACAGUCUCUAUUGCUAAUGUUAAUAGGCAUUCUCUUGUUAAGUCUUGGCAUGAUGAUCUGGAAAAAAAACAACAGAAAUCAAUAAAAAUCAAUGUUUCAGUCCUUGGGGUGACUUUGCCCUAUGCUGUGAAUGAAAAGCAAUAAAGAUUUGUUAAACUUAACUAACAAUGUAAUGAACCCUUUUAUCCUUGAAAUUUAUACAAAUUAAAUGCGUAGGGAAAUAAAUUGUAAUAACUUAAAAUGAAAGUUUAAACUCACCUAAAUCAGCAAAAUACUGGUACCCGGUAUCGAUGUCCAGAAUCUAAGAGUAAUAAGAGCUCCAACAGUCAAAUCUUAGGGUUUGGCAAGGUAUUAAUAAUAUUGAAAUUGUUGGACAUAAUUGAAGUAGACAAAAGACAUUAUAAUAUUAGGUAAGCUCAAAUCAGUAUGGUCAUCUCACGUAAUCACCAUACAAUAUAUAUGAUAAUUCAUACCCGACGGUUGCGACUAAAUACGUCCUUGGGGAGCUCUGACGCAUUGCAUCACACCUCUCUCGUUUUUAUUUAAAAAUAGUAUCCCUCGAGACUUGCUGUUAUGGCGUGAUUUUAAAAAACUGAAGUUUUUAUGUUGUUUCACUUUCAUUUACUUUCAAUCUGUGUGUGCUUUAGUACAGCAUGUCUAUAUCUAGCACAUUAUCAUCCAAGGUGCCAAAAAUCGAUUUUUUAGUCAUUGCGUGUUAUUUAUUUGCUGUCAAUGUUAUAUUUUUAUUAAACCUAAUCCAUUUUUGGAUUUAUUAGUCUAUAAUUCAUUAAUAGUAAUUAAUAUUUAGCAGCUAAAAAAUAUUUUAGGAAAUGUAAAUAAAUGGCAAAAGGGAGUUGCUUCCCUUUUGCUCAGGACUAUAAAUUAAGUAGGGUACUGAAAUAUCACUGCCAUCAGCAAUGAGUUAAUUGAACUAUUUUGACAAUUAUUUAAACCAGGCCUGCACAACAUACGGCCCACGUGCCGCAUGCCAGCACUCACUUUGUGGCCCGGUAAAUAUUCUUUAUUCUUAUUAUUUUCUUAAUAGCAUCCCCCUCGUCCAAUUCUCUUUUUGCCCGCACAAGUCCUGUCCUAUUUUCUUUUGGCCCGCACAAGUCCUGUCCUUUUUUUUUUUGGCCCGCACAAAAGCUUUUAAUAAAGUAUUACGGCCCGUACAAGUUUUUCAUAAAGUAUUAUGGCCCGCCUUACAUUCUGAGUUGUGCAGGCCUCAUUUUAUUUAAACCUCAGUGUCAGUAGAUUUGUUUUUUUGUAUUGGAGAAAAAAAAGUGUUCCUCGAGAAGUCAGUUUUUGUUAGCCUUUUUGGUGGGUAGGAGUGUGAGUUUUUAUUAGCCUUUUUGGUGGGUAGCAGUGUGGGGUAGCAAAUUCUUUUUUUACUGUUCUAAUUUGGAGUUCAUUUUUCUCAGUGCUGGAUUUGUUUUGAGAGAUGGGAUAAAUGUUGGUGCACCAUUUCCACACAUCUUUGCCCCAUAUGUCAACUAUCAGGGUUUAAUAACAGACUCAAAUAGAUUUCCAUUCAGUGGUAAGUGGUUUAUGUUAUGACACAUUUUAAUUAUGUUAAUGUUAUAAAUUGUAAAAGAUAUUUGGGAAGCUGUGUGGGGUGGAAUUAAUGUCAUACCUAAAAAGCCCUCUUCUCCCUCCUGUGUCAUAAUGGCUGACUGAAUAAUGAUUGAAUAGAGAAAUUAACAGACAGGGCUAGUGUGAGUCCAGACUUUAAAAAAAAAACACAUUCUAAAUGAACAAUACUUGGAAAGUUGUGGACUUAAACAGAUACCGGUACAACAAAUGAAAUUACUGUACAGCCAACAGAAAAUUAAUUAAUUUUGUUUAUGAAUAAAUGUUUGCCUAAAUUUAAACUUAUGAAAAUAGUUAAUAAUGAUAUAUUAUUAUUUUGUACAUAAAUAAAACUCAUAAUUAAUUUUUGUUAUAACAGGUGUUGAAACAGCACCAAUUGUGACAUCACUACAGUCCAAUGCUGAAAUUCGAUGCUAUAUUGACAGCUUAGAAAGUACUGUAUCAAAAUUUAAUUUAGCUCGGCAUCAGCACUUCAUAGAUGCUGGGUUAGAGCCAGAGGAAUUUGCUGAAUCUAUAAAUAGUUUGAAAGAUUUGGCACAGUGCUAUAAAAAUUAGUUUGAAAUUGUUUCUGGAUCAACGGUGGUCACACAUUUUAACCCAGUUCAGCCCAGCUACUUUAGACAUCUCUCAAAGAAGCAUACAUGUUAUUUUCUAAAAAGAGUAUGUCCUUGCAAGAAUAGCAUCAAACUUUAGUAGUUGUGCUGUAUGGGAUCUAGGUUGCUAAGCACCCUCCAUGGGAAUACUACAGCAGGGGUCUCAAACUUGUGGCGUGGGCCAUUUGCGGUCAACUAGACGAUAUUUUGCGGCCCGCGACAUGACAGCAAAGUUUAAUGUUAAUGCGGCUCGCGCGUUUUUCCCAUUCUCAUAUCUAUAAUGUGACCCUCCGCGACGUUUUCAUUAGAACCUCACCAACUAGUCUAAUUCUGAUUUUUAUUAUGUUUGUAUUGUAUAGAUUUGGACUUUGAUGUUAAUGGUAAAAACCCUUUUAAAAUCAGACUAAACGUUUUUAAUUUGUAGCAUUUUAUGUGACAAACAUGGCCGAGGUUUUGAGAAAACGCGCUUCGAAUAUUAUAUAUACAUCUUUCAAAAUUUUAACAUGUCAAUUAGUGGGUAAUGCACAACCAUAAUUGUGUAAAUCUUAACAAUCUGACACAGUAUAAAAAAAUCCCUACUAAAAUUCCCGCUAAUGUUUACGAGUGAGGGAAAUUCCGAACAUGUCAGCUUGGUCACUUGCGCUGUCAGGUCUCUGGCAAUAAGCAUUUGGAGGAAGAAAGUGAAGCCUAGUUCUUGAGAACCCUUAAUAUUUUUAUUUGUUAUUACUAAAGGUUGAGCAAAUUGUAACAGUUUUACUUUAUUGAAUUUGUGUAAUAUUUGAUGCGGCCCAGUCUCACUCAGACUCUGCCUCCUGCGGCCCCUGGUGAUUUGAGUUUGAGACCCCUGUGCUACAGCCAUGGUGAGUAAAGGGCCUAAACUAAUUUGGCAGGAAGUAGCUUGUGGGAGAUGUUAGGGUGCAAAUCGGCAGGAAUGAUUUGAAGUUCCUGGGAAAGGUAUUAUGGUGGACUGUAGUCAAGUUUGUAAAAAUUACAUAAGUACACUUUUCUAGUGGUAGUAGUAGGCAGUUACUAUUUCUUUGAUAGUGACUCAUCUCCAAGUUAGAUCUUUUCUGCAUCUGUUUAAGUAACAUUUAUUUUAUUUGUUCAUUGUUUUGCCCUUCAGAUAACAUCGGUUUUUAGUCAUUCAUCAGCCAUUACAACACCUUUGGUGUGCUUGUCUCCCUUGGAAAUGGGAAUGCCUAGAAAAGUGGCCGACCCCCUGUUUUUAGUGUAGAGCCAUUUUUAUAAAUUAUAUCUGUUAAGAAAAUAUUUUGGGAGCCCAAGGCAGGGGCAGAUUGUUUAAAUAUUAUUUAAUAUUGUCAAUGGUUGCCAACCACUGGCCUAUACCAAUUUAAUCACUGAUUAGCAUUUUUAUUACAAUGAAAUAUGCUUUUGCAUUUAUAAUAGCUUGGUCUGUUUUGAUUUUUUAAAAAUUUUGAAUAAAAAAUGUGAUUUGUUAA